GCCUGGUUCGUCAUGACGUUGCUAAAGACGAAACACGCCAAUCAGCGCUCCGCUUCUGCAGCAGCUUUUAGCCUGAAUCCGGGAGUUUCCCCAAAAUGAGCAGUUCGGAGGAAGUUUCGUGGAUUUCUUGGUUUUGUGGUCUACGAGGAAACGAGUUCUUCUGUGAGGUGGAUGAGGACUAUAUCCAGGAUAAGUUUAACCUCACUGGACUCAAUGAGCAGGUUCCACAUUACAGACAAGCUCUGGACAUGAUUUUGGAUCUGGAACCUGAUGAGGAACUGGAAGACAACCCAAACCAGAGUGACCUGAUAGAGCAGGCUGCUGAGAUGCUCUAUGGCCUGAUUCAUGCACGAUACAUUCUUACUAAUCGUGGCAUUGCGCAGAUGUUGGAGAAAUACCAGCAGGGAGACUUUGGCUAUUGCCCUCGUGUUUACUGUGAGAACCAGCCAAUGUUGCCCAUUGGUUUGUCCGAUAUCCCUGGAGAAGCUAUGGUCAAACUCUACUGUCCUAAAUGUAUGGAUGUGUACACACCGAAGUCAUCUAGGCACCACCACACUGAUGGGGCCUACUUUGGAACAGGCUUUCCCCAUAUGCUCUUCAUGGUUCACCCUGAAUACCGGCCAAAGAGGCCUGCAAACCAGUUUGUGCCCAGGCUCUAUGGCUUCAAGAUCCACCCUAUGGCAUACCAGCUACAGCUGCAGGCAGCCUCUAGCUUCAAGAGCCCUGUCAAGGCCAUCCGCUAAUAAUCAGAAAGGAGGAGGAGGCGGGAGGGAAAGUUGAAGAGGCAGGAGGAGAGGGGAAGAUCUGUGUCUCACUUAGUCUCAUUCUCCUCCCAGAGACCAUUUGUUUUAGAUUAGUUUUGAUUGCGAGAAAUGUUCAAAUAUUGAGAGAGUGGGAAUAUAACAUGCACACUUCAGAAAUCUUAUAAACAACCUUUCCUCUAGACCACACAUACACAGCAUGGGGAUGCCGUGCAGCCAUUGUUGUUUACCUUGUGUAAAUUGUCCCUUCUCGAACUUUAAAAGAUGAAGCUCUAAUUCAGGACAGUUAAAUCUUGUAACAUGGCUUUAUUUACUUUACUUGUGUCAAGAGAAAAUCAUGUUUAUUUUGGUCAGAGGUGAUGUACAGUAAAAGUUAAAACAGUAGUGUCUCAGUGCCCCCCCCCCCCCCCCCAUUUCCCCCCCACACCUCAUUUAGUGACUAUGGCAGAUAGAGACUGUUGCAGGGAGAAAGAGCAGUUAGAAAAAUACAAGUCACAGUUGGUUCUUAUUGCUAUUGAGUCCUACUAUUGGCUUAAUUCACAUCUUUUUUUUUUCCAAUUGCCUUAAAGUCAUGACAAUUUCAGACGAGCUGUAGUUUGAUUAACUUGGAUGUUACUUUGCUAAUACUUGUUGAGUGUUGACCAAAUGUUCAUCUGAACUUACAUGUAUUAGUUGAAAUUACUAGGAACUGAAAGCAAACAGUCUGUCUCCAUCAGUCCAGAAUGAGUUUCUUUUAAGUCCUCAGUAUUGCGGAGAUGUUCCCCUCAGAAGUACUUGUACAUUGAUUCCUGCCACAGUUUUCGUAUGAUUAUUUAUGUGAGACUUUUCCAUCGUAAAUCAUCCUUAGUUUUGAAAUUCUGUUUUAGUUUUUUCCCAAUCCUCUCAACUAUCUCCAAUUUCAUUGAAAGGCAUGUGACUGCAGGAUAUAGAUCAAUUGGAUGCAUUGGUAAAGAUUGUAAUUAUUGCUACUGUUUCUGGUUUGUGUUUUUUGUUCUUAAUUUUUCCUUUACAGCUGUUGAGGAACCAGGGUUCAGAAUUCACAAUAAACUUUUCUUUUCCUAUAA